AAUCAGUGAGAAAGUUAACUCCUGAACUUCGUAGUCAGAAAAAAAAUUGAGAUUUAUAAAAUAGCAGGGAAAACAGCAUUGAGUUAAGAUGGCAUUCCGCCGGAGAAACAAGAGUUACCCUUUCUUCAGCCAGGAGUUCUUAAUUCAAAACCAUGCCGACAUCGUCUUCAGUCUGGUGAUUUUCGUUUUGAUUGGAUUGAUGUUUGAGACAACAGCCAAGACGGCCAUACUCUUCAUUCAGCCUCAGUACAACGUCACCACACUAUCACCAGAGGGCGAGGUGACGUUUUACCAUUACGGAUGGAAGGACUCUGCCACCAUCCUCUUCUAUUUCUUCAUCGCCAUCAUCCUCCAUGCAGUAGUGCAGGAGUAUCUACUGGAUAAAGUGAACCGGCGUCUCCACCUCUCCAAGAGCAAGAAUACCAAGUUCAAUGAGUCGGGUCAGCUGUGUGUGUUUCACUUGGUGUCGAGUGUGUGGAGUUUGUACAUCGUCAUAACGGAAGGAUAUCUCUUUCAUCUCAGCAGUCUCUGGGAGAACUAUCCCCAUGUACACCUCAGGUUUCAGGUGAAGUUUUUCUACCUCACUCAGCUGGCCUACUGGCUCCAUGCCUUGCCGGAGCUCUACUUCCAGAAAGUACGCAAGGAGGAGAUUUCUCGUCAGCUCCAGUACAUCUGUCUGUACCUGCUGCACAUCGCUGCAGCCUAUUCGUUAAAUUUAAGUCGUGUGGGUCUGGUACUCCUCUUCCUCCAGUAUGUCUCAGAACUGGGCUUUCACAUCGCCAGACUCUUCUACUUCACUGAUGAGAACCAUCAGAAAAUGUUUGACAUGUGGGCCAUCAGCUUUGUGUUUACACGGAUGGUCACUCUGACCCUGAUGUUCCUGGCUGUUGGGUUUGGUUUGGCUCGUAGUGAGAACCAGGGGCUGGACUGGGAGAUGGGCAACUUCAACACUGUGCUGAUAAGGAUGACCGUUCUACUGCUGGUAUGUUUGACCCAAUCUUGGCUACUCUGGAAGUUUAUCCGCUUCCAGCUGAGACGCUGGAGGGAGUUCAGACACGAACAGGCUGUCCGCAAGAAGGCUGCCGCAAAACAACCCCUCCGGCCGCUGAAGAGAGACUCACUUGGUCACCAUGAAAACGGAGUUCUUAAAGCAGAGAAUGGAGCCUCUCCUCGGAUCAAAAAACUCAAAUCCCCCUAAGAUAGCCCACCUACUGGCCUGAACAGUGACCUCAGCCCUGGCCGAGGUUUCUCAACACCACAACGGGAAAGCUGGCGGCCACCGGCCACCAAGCCUCUUGUUGACUAUGUCCUGAGAUGUUACACGGACUCAGUCGCUACAGACUUAGGGCUCGGAUGCUGGAAAAUGAAAUCAAAGGAAAUCCCUUGAGCCCAACAGACAUUUACUCUUUUCAUCAUAUCAGUAUUUUUUUAUACAUCUACGCCGCCUGCUAUCCCACGGAUAAGGAGCACCAAUUGUAUGCAGAAUGAUUCAAAUGUAAAGUGAACACCGUAUGCGGCACACACGUUACUGGCUGUGUGUCACUGUUGAAUGUGUUGAUGCAUAAGUACUGUAUCGGCUGUAGUGUUGUCUUGCGUCAGCUGUUUUCAGCUCUCCUCAUUGAAUUGGCUUUGCUUAUUUUCUAGUCUGGUCCGUUGGAGCAGAACAUUUUUACUGGUAUGGUAUGGUAUGAUAACAGCUAACUGUAUGCUGGCCUUACCAUUAUCCCUUCACCAUGUCAGGAAAGGGAUUUUGGCCAACCAAUAGUGGGGUCACCUGGGCCACGCCCAAUGAAUGUCUGUUUAAAAUCUGAAAUUCAUCACAGGUCACUUAACAGAUAAGCAUCAAGUAUGUAUGAUGGAUAUUACCACAUGCCAUUCCAUUUUUUUGUUAAUUACUUUAUUAAAUAAUGCAAUUUUCUGAAA